UACUGCAAGAAAUGCGGCAAGCACCAGCCGCACAAAGUCACCCAGUACAAGAAGGGGAAGGACUCCCUCUACGCCCAGGGAAAAAGGCGCUACGAUAGGAAGCAAAGUGGCUAUGGGGGCCAGACAAAGCCCAUCUUCCGUAAGAAGGCCAAGACCACAAAGAAGAUUGUGCUGAGGCUGGAGUGCGUGGAGCCCAACUGCAGGUCCAAGAGGAUGCUGGCCAUUAAGAGGUGCAAGCACUUUGAACUGGGAGGAGACAAGAAGAGAAAGGGCCAGGUGAUCCAGUUCUAAGCUCCAUUCCCUUGUUAUGGACCAUAUUAAAGUAUUUGGA